CUUAAGAGCUCAGGCGCCCUAUUCACUCCUCUAGCUAGCUGUUCAUGCAGAAUGGUGCCUCCACUGUGUAGUCUGUGUUUGUUCGUUGUUUUUGGCUGAAGGUAUUUGGCAUUUGGCUGGUUUGAUGUUCCGUGCAGCGAAUUUAAAAGCCAUCGGUAAAGCGGGAACCAGCUGGCACUUUUGCCGGAACAUGGACGAGCUGGUCCAUGACCUGGUGUCUGCCCUCGAGGAGAGCUCAGAGCAGGCGGCCCGGGGCUUUGGUGACGGCGGGGACCACGCGCUGGCCGUGGGCUGUCUGCUGAAGAGGCAGUCCCGCAAGCGUCGCGGCCGGAAGCGGCGCUCUGACAACCCCCACCCACCCUGGGAGGCGGGCCACCUCAGUGAGGGCUCUGAGUCCAGUGGAGAGGAGCACAAGGACUACCGCGCGUGUGCCGGUGGCGUCUCCGGCGCAAACAGCCACGCCCGGGACAACAGCGACUCUGACGAGCAGCUGGGCCCCAAGCGCCGCACCCCGCUCGCGGCCGACCCCGGCCGGGGCAAGCGGCCCCUCUGGCAGGACGACCUGGGCCUCCUGGGGUCCGCCGAGGGCACCCACAGCCUCAGGCGCCGCCGCAAGGUCAAACGCAUGGCGGUGGACCCCCCCCCGGACCCGGGCGGCACCACCACCACCUCCUCCUCCGCCGCCAUGCUGGGGCCCCCGCCCGUCCCCAGGGCCCCGCCCGCCCCAGGGUGCAGGCUGCCCGGGGCGGGCCCAGAGACGGCGGGGGGCAGGGGCCUCGCGGAGCGCUGUGGGGGGGUUGGAGGUGGUGGAGGAGGAGGGGCCAAGAGCCGAGUGAAGAAGAGGAAGCUGGCGGCCCACAGGCCCGGGGCGGAGGCGGCGGACGAAGGGGUGGUGGUGGAGAGCGAGGACGCGGCCACGACCCCCACGGGGGGGUCCAAGGACAGGAUGGAGCUGGAGGAGCCCAAGGACUCGGACGAGGAAAUGAGUGACAGGUGCGAUACGAGCAGCGUGAGCAACAGCAGUGACGGGGGACUCUACACCAACGACGAGGGUCGUCAAGCCGACGACGAGCAGAGCGACUGGUUCUACGACACGGAGCCCCCCGCGCUGCCGGGCUCCGGGGGGGCGUGCGGCGUGGCCGGGGUGGUGCCCUGGUGGGAGAGGGAGGAGGCGGAGCCGGAGGAGCUGGAGAUGGAGGACCCCGUGUUCAACAGCAUCCUCCACGGCUCGUUCCCCCUCAUGUCCGCCACCUCGCAGAGAGGUGGGGGGGCACGCGCACACGCACGCCACACCACACACACGCACGCCGGGGGCUUCCACGCCAGACUGGGCCGGAUGCACCAGAACAGGGUCGACUUGGGGCUGCCUCAUCCCGCCAGACGACAAGCCAAGGACGAGCCGUGGUUCAUUCCAGGUUCUAGGAGAGAACACAACCAGCUGCACUGGGACGCCCGGUCAGACAGAGGGCACCGGAGAAGCUGUUCAGUGAAGACGGCCAGCAGUGUUGUCUCUCUGUCGCCGGCCGGGUUCCACAGACAGACCAGCGGCCACCUGGGGUCGCUGUGCACGGGCGACGUCAAGCGGAGGCGCAAGGCAGCGCCCCUGGGCUCCACGGCGACCACAGGCGUGGUGGGGGAAAGUGCCUCCCCAAUCCCGGACACCAACCUCGGGAGCCGCAUGAUGCAGACUAUGGGCUGGAACCCCGGCACGGGCCUGGGACCCGAGGGACGGGGCAUCACCGAGCCCGUCCGGGCCACGCUGAGACCCAAGGGCGCGGGCCUGGGCUUCAACUGAGUCCCAGGCUUCCCCCCCCCCCCCGGCCUCCGACCCAGGGAUCUCGUUGACAUGCUCAUUGCAAUCUACCACAACAGACGGCAUGGUCCAAAUAGAGCACGUCGGGGGUGAAAGGAUGCUACCCAGCGUACAGCGAAGAUAUCAUAGAGAAAUACGCCCCCUCUGUGCUCCCAGAGAGACACAACCUCCCCAUAUUGGGGAAGCAUCGUGGAGAUCCGUUUAACCUUUGUACACGAUACCAUGAGACUAAGGGGACCAUUAACAGGGAAGCAACCUCUCGUCAACACAGCCUGAUCUGCGUAAAAACGACGAGCGAUAUGAGCAUAACUCCUCGCCGGAUAUCGGCGCGUCAAGACCCAGCGCACGGGUUACUCAGAGCUGCCUUUACCUCAGUGUGUCUGGCCGCAGGAAUGGAGGGCGAUGUCAACUGUGGGACUGUGGGAGUGUGGCACCAGAGUCUAUCUGCUGAGAAUGUGAAGGUUUUUUUUCUUCUGUGUUCUCCAAUCAACCGAAUCUGUAAAUGGAUUAAACACCAUCUUUUAGUUUUUUUUUUUUUUUUUAUCAGAGCGUCUCCGCCGUUCCUGGCGGAGCACAUCUGAACGGGCUUGUUUUUAAAAGGUUUUUUCGUGACACACCAGUUGUGCGGUGGUGAGGAGCGUCGGGAGCCAGGAGAACUGCUGAAUGAAUGGUUUCUGUAUUAUUCAUGCUCGUUCCUCGUCCUCCACGCCCGUUGAUUCUGUUCUGUGUAGUGGUGAAUGUGGUACCCGUAAAUGCCCCCUCCUAUGCGUUUGUCUUACGGUCACGAGGACUCAACCUGGAAGUCCAGGAGCAAGCCGUCCGUUCCGGGACGAUCUAUCAGGGCUAUACCUACCUAUUGAAAUACCUGGCGUUGUUCCAGACUGGUGUGAGCAUCAAUUGUGAAUAAAUACAGGUUAAGUGUUUUUUGGUGUUUUUUUUUUUUCAAUCCUUUUGCAGUCUACAAAAAUAAACACUCAUAAUGGGUUGAAUGACGAUUCGCCGAAAUGGAAACCCUCCCUCGAAUGCAUCCAAACCACUGUGACUUUGUCUGUGUCCUCCGGUCUGUCCUGGAUCUCUGCCACGUAUAUGAAGGAAGACACUCCAGGUUGCUGUGUCCGUGGCAGGAUCGCCAUGAUCAAUAUCAUGCUGCUCAAACCCUAUCCGCGUCAGAAUCCCACUGAACACUGCUAUAAUCCGCUGAGUCACGUCUUAUGUCGUGUUGCAUCGUCCAAUGUGAACCGUUUUAGUUUAAGAAUUUCAUUAUUUGUUAUUAAUAUGAAAUACUUUGUGACAUUAUGUCGGUAGGUGUAUUGGAUCUGGACGUUGAUUCCGUUUGUUUUUCCACAACAGUUUUAUCACUCUUCACUCUUGGCAUGUACCGUAGGUUGGCCAUCGGUCUACAAUGUUUUGUUUUGAAUUAUGAAGUAGAAGAUCUCAAGUUUAUGAUCGGUUUGACUCAGCCUAUGGCCUACUUUACAUGUAACUAACCGCUAGCUACACGUACCUUUAAGAAACGGAUGCCAUGUCAUGCUCCUUAAAAUCAUUUUUAAUAUGAUCCUGAAAUGUGGACUAUAGUAUUGGUGAUAUUAUGUUGAUACCAAUCCUAUUAGUUUUUCUCAGUCGCUUUGGUACAUUUCUCAAAUCGUCCUCAACAUUUGCAAAACAGUAAAUGCAUUUCUCAAAACAAUUCGUACAAAUAGCAAAACACCGGAUAACCUGCAAAAGCCAGUCUCUUGCUCAAACUCCUUAGUUCAUCUCUAAAGUAAAUAGCUGUGUCAAUGAACAUGUCAGUGCCAUCAGAAUGACAAGCCCUUGUGUCAUUGUGUAGGCCUACGGAUAAGACAGUCAAAUUGCUUAGUCAUGUUGUCAAUAUAACAGUGUACACUGGAGGGAUGUUCUGAUGUCAACUAUGUCUAAAGUUUGGAAGACAAUUAUUGUAUAUUGUAAGUUACACCUUAGUGUAUGUGGGAGAUUGAUUGCAAGAGACUGGACAAGAUUCACAUUUACGCUUUGACUGUACUGUAAAUUGUUGACAGACCUAGAUCAUUGCUAGAAAUGUGAACAUAGGGCAAUCUCCUUAGGGUAAACUGUACAUGCAUUGCUGUAGGAAUUACAAUGCAGUCUUCCUGCACCUCCUGACGUUCCUGUCUGUUGGGCCACAAAUUCUCCUUCUCCCGCAGCCUCACUCCUUCUUCUCCCGGGCUGUUGACCCCGUCCAAUUCCUUGUCCUUCCAUUGUCAGACAAUGUAAUAUUGUGUUGUGCUCCAGCUUUAUAUAUACUUGCCAGUUCAUGGUUCAGGAGAUGCACCUUUGAGCUAUUUCAGUAAACUGGUUGAUCGUUGGUUGAUCUAACACUUCACACAUUUCCCUUCUUAAGCGAAAGUCAAGAUUCACCUGGAAGCAAUUUACCAAUUCAGGUCAGAUUUAAAAAAAAAUGUAAUGGAAAUGUAUAGAUAUAUACUUGACAUAUUAUGACAACUUGUUCAACCAUUUUGCAUUUAAAGACUUAUGCAAUGAACUAAUGCCUAAAUGUUGUGGGGGAGAGACUAUUCAACAGAUCCAUUGCAAUACAUUUUGAUCAACAUGACAUAAGCAAUUGAUAAUGUAGGAAAGAGCGGAGAAUUGUACGUAAUCAUUUGCAUGGAUGUACCAAAGCAUUUGCAACUUGUUCGAAGAAAUGAGAAACUGCUUUUUUGAUGCGCACAAGUGACACAGUGAUGUGAAGAUUGAACAAGUAGAUUUGAGAAUUUCAAUUCUGAUCUGAGAAUUGUACCAAAGCGACUGAGAAACACUGACAUCAGGUGGUUCCUUAGGACCCAUUCCCUUCCACACGGUUCUUUCUAUGCUUUGGUUUCGUCAGCCCUAGUGUUGCUUGCUUGAACAGCAUGCUACCCAUCCGUGGUUUAGAGCCUGUAGUCGGGAUGAUGUUUGGUGGAGGCUUACUGAAACGGGACUGUGUAGAUUUAUCGCACCAUGGCCAGUAUGUAGAAAAUGAAAGUUAUAUAUGUCAGGUAUACAAAAGGUUUUUUGUUUUUCUUGCCAAAAAAAACAACAUACUUUACUAAAGGAAUACUAACGUUGAACUGGUGAUGCAAGGUGAACAACAUUUGGAGAUUAAAAAACAAACUUCGGA